AUGAUCGACUUUCAAACUCACAUUGAUUCGCUUCGCGGUGGUGUUCAUGCUGAUAUUCAUAAUGAAUCAUAUUAUUGUAAACAGGUGUUAAACAAUAUAUUGUACAGUGAUGUACAGUUUAACUUGCCAGCACCAGAACCAUCAUUAAGUGGUGAAUUCAACAUCGAUUUAUUGGUAGAUGUGCAUUCAGGAGAACAAAAUGGUUCAAUUAUUGUUGUUCAACAUGUAACGAAAUUUGGCAAAUCAGACAUCAUAAUCGGUGUUUUAGCUUUGAAGUUAAAGGACAACGAUCACUCAUUCAUAGUAGUUGAUUCCAAAACAGUAGAUAAAACAGCUAAGGAAAUCGAGUAUAUUGUUGAUUCAAAAGGUCAUUUUCGUUCAAGAGCUAUCCAACUGGAAGCGGUGGAAGUCGUAGAAGAUCGAGCAAUACAUUUGUUCAACAAUUCAACAUCGUUAUUGGCAAGAACAACAACUGAUGAGACGAAGCAAACUCGUCUUAAACCAUCUGAUUCUGAAAUAUUUCAAGUAAAAGUUUCACAUUCACAUGCAUUAAGUUGUAUUUUUCAGAAGACAAAAACUAAUAAUGCUUCGUUAUUAGUAUCGUUCAGCCCAUAA